GAUGAACGUGUCCCUGUGAAAAACUCGUGUCGUUGCACAAUCUGAUUAAAAUUCUACUUAUCCAGUGCGUUAAAUAUAAUAAAAAUAGUGCAAAUAGAUAAUUUAAUAUCGUCUUUAAUCAUAUUAAUAUAUAAAAUGCAAUAAAACGCCCGAUUUUAUAUGAAAAAAAUGCUGUGAAAAAAAGCAUUAAGCAAAUUUGUCGUUCAUUGAUUUUUUUUUUUUUUUUGCUGUGUGGGGUGAAAUACAAUAUGGCGUGUUGGUGAUGUGUGUGCUACAUCGAAUGCAGAGCCCUCUGGGUUGCGCAUUUGUUGUUUCAGUUACGUUCAUUCGUCUCGCUUUUUGCUUUCGCCUAUUUGCUUGGAAUAGUUGUUGUUGUUGUUGGUUCGGUUCAAAUCGAGUUGACCAACACAGCGCGCGGAACUUUCGAAGUUCGGUUGAAUUUUUCCACUGUGAUACAACACCAGUAGCUAUCUCGCUCUAACUUGUGUUGUUUCAUAUUUAUUUAUUCGAAAUUGUGUAUGACAGAGGAAAAAAUCCUUCGAGGAUAAUACAACAACAACAAAAACAACAACAAAAAACAACCAAAACAUCAACAAAACCUGGAUUAAGGAUUACUACUAUCAAUUCUUCGUUUACAUACAAAAAUCGGCGGCAAAAUAAUAAACAACAACAACAACAACAAAACUGUUCCAUUCAAGAAAAAUUUGUUUGGAACAGUUCCGUCCUAUGCGGAGCUGAGCAAAAGGAAUUAAAUCUACACUGAAAAUAAUAAUUGGAAUAUAUAAAAUUUAAGUUUUUAAAUUUAAAAAUUAAAUUAAAAAAAAAAAGAAAAAAUACACAUAAAAGAUGUCGAAACUAUCGUUUCGGGCGAGAGCCCUUGAUCCAGCCAAACCAAUGCCAAUAUUUUUGGCUGAAGAAUUGCCCGAUUUGCCAGAAUAUUCGGCAAUUAAUCGGGCAGUUCCUCAAAUGCCAAGCGGAAUGGAAAAAGAAGAAGAAUCUGAACACCAUCUACAAAGGGCGAUAUGUACUGGUUUGAUUAUUCCCACGCCCGAGGUGUUUACAUGUGAUCAGGAUUUCUAUGACAGAAGCUAUCCUCCCAACUAUAAAAUGCCACGCCAGAUGAUUCAUAUGCAACCACUUGGUCUGGAACAGGAUAUUCCCGACUAUGAUAUGGACAGUGCAGAUGAAAUGUGGGUAAAUCAACAAAGUCGGCGAUUAGAAUUAACUCCAUUAAAAUUCGAACAAAUGAUGGAUCGCUUAGAGAAGAGUUCCGGCCAAACUGUGGUAACGCUUAAUGAAGCUAAAGCACUGCUCAAGCAGGACGAUGAAGUUAGCAUAGCAGUUUACGAUUACUGGUUGAAUAAGCGUUUAAAAACUCAACAUCCGUUGAUUUUGUCUGUGAAAACAGAAAAUCGACCUGGUACUUCGGCAAACAAUCCGUACUUAGCAUUUCGUCGACGCACUGAAAAGAUGCAAACACGAAAGAAUCGUAAAAAUGAUGAGACAUCUUAUGAAAAGAUGUUGAAGUUGAGGCGGGACUUGUGUCGAGCGACGACUGUACUUGAAAUGGUGAAGCGACGUGAAAAAACGAAACGAGAACAAUUGCAUUUAUCUAUUGAGAUCUUUGAGAAGCGGGUUCAGCUGCGUGACUUUAGUGGAAGCCUAAUGUCAGAGCUUAGUUCGACUAUCAAAAAUUCAAGGCCAGCAUUUGCACCAUUAUAUACAAAUCAAUACUCACAUAAUCCAUCAGCGUCGUCUACGAAUCCAGUUGGAGGUCUUUUGCCGUCGAAUACAGCAUCGACCAGUGGCGGUCAUAGUUAUACUUCGACGUCACAGUACCUGAAUACUGCGAGUCUAGCAGUUGAACCAGUCGGUGUUAGCAGUAGUGGUAGUCGUAAAGAAAAAAGACAAUAUAAAAAACGUAAACACAAAAUACCACGUGAAAAGCAGUAUUCCUUAGUUCAAAGCUCAUCACCUGCGCCAAUAGAAUCGACGAUCGAAACAGAAGAAGAGGAUCUCACAAAUAACCCAUUGGGUUCAGAAGGCGAAGAUGAAGGACAAUUUGCAUUUAGACGAAAUAAGAACUGCAAUUACCACCGGCCCCUUGAUACUUAUGGAAAUUGGCCAUGGGAAUCGAAGAAUGAUAAUGGCUUUGGCGAUAAGAAGUAUAGAUAUACCCUAACAUCCAUAAGGCAUCCUAGACCACGUUGUAUAGGAUUUGCACGACGUCGAUUGGGAAGAGGUGGACGUGUUAUUUUAGAUCGAGCCUCAACAAGUAUGGAUGAUAUUUGGUCUAAACUCGAUUAUACCAUAAUGGAAAGUAGCAGCUUACAAAAUCCCGCCGCAUGUCUAAACGCAAAUCCAGUCGUCGUCGCCGCCGCCGCUGCCGCCAAUCAACAACAACAAACUCAGAACUCUUCAAGAACCUGCCCAACAACUGAAAACAACGUCAAUGUCAAUGUCGAUUCCAUCGACUACGAUGAUGACGACGAUGAAAAUAUUUCUCGGGAUUCACUAUAUGUGACAGCAUUUGUGAAACCGGUGCCAAUAAAACGUCCCAAACGCAAAUGGGAUUACAACAGUUUUCAUCCCAAACACAGAACAUCAAACAAUAAUAAUAACAGUGAAAACAACAAUAGUAUUAGCAACAUAACUAAUAGUCUCCUUAAUGAAGAUGCUAUCAAGCGUGAGAAGCUCAAUGACGCCGAAGACUCUUUCAAGUUUUCAACAACGUCAUCGUAUGCAGCAGCUAACGUUGAUCAGCAGCAACAGCAGCAUCAGCAACAGCAACCAACCACCUCGUCCAUAUACUCAGAGGUUGUAAGCGACAUAGUUAAAAAAGCACAGGUGCUGCCAACUGAUCGCAAAUUUAAUCCUAACGACAUAAGUAGUAGUAGUAGUUUUAAAUUUAGUUGUAAUAGUUUAAACGAACAAACUUACAAUAGCAUUAACAGAACUACAUCCAAUGUAAACAAUUACAUUAAUAACAAUAAUAACAACAACAAUGAUGGAAAGCCCAAUGUGAUAAGCAGUGCUGAUGUCCAAAUCAAGCAAGAAAUAAUCGACUCGGCCGAUCUAAAUAUUCUCGAUGAUGAGAAUGUUAAUUUGGCCCGAUUGAGUAGCUACAUAAAUGCCAAUCGAAAUAAUGCAGCGAAUCAGGCUCUAACCGAUGCCUUGAUCAAGGCCGAACCGGAUGACGAAAUGAGUGGUGUGACAAUUAAUAACAAUCAAUUGCCCAAGAGUCAGUUUACGGAAGCUAAAGACGUUCUGCGGCAUAGUAGUUUGAAGGAUUGCUUUGCCAUGAAUGAUCGACAAUUUCCGUUUCUUUUGGACUAUACGAGUGCACCACCUCCAUCGAGUAAACGAAUGGAGUUGUGCAACGAAAUUUUGAGUGAGAUAAGAAGAGAUUGGUUGCAUUUUCGACCGAAGACACCGACAGAAGAGUUGGAUGAUUUUAAUGAACCUAUAGCGCCUGCGGCGGCGACUACCGUCGAAGGUGGUGGCGAAGCACCAGCCACUAAACCAGCUGUUGGCUUUUCGGCUAUGACACCGAUUUCGAUUGAAAUGCAGCGUUUGAGUCGAUGUGCAAGUCCUCCAUCGGCGAUGUUUCAAGAAAACAACGGCAACAGUACUUCAGCGGGUUUGUGGGAAAGUGCUUCUGAUGAUGCACUUUUCGUCACAAAUCCCUUCACAUACACCGAUUUGGAGCCUGAUUCUCAGUUGCUUCCAUCAGUGUUUGCGGCCAACUAUCUUAGUAAAUCUGCUAACGAAAAUAAUCUCGAUAGCGAUGGACCUAAUGUUGGCAUAGAUUUGAAUCUAAGCGGUGAUAGUUUAGCUGACAUGAAUUUCUCCCUCGGUGAGGACGACAACGAAAAAAUGCUGGACAACAUUUUGCAAGAGUGCCAAAUAGACGACCUUAAGACGCUCAAUCAAACAACGACCUUUUGGAAUGGCAUUCUCGACGACGGCGGCGCUGGCUUGCUUGACUGUAUCGAAGAAAAGAAAUUGCCCAGUGAUGUGACGAACAAACUUGGAGAGGCGGGUGGUGAUGGUGCAGGCACUGAUAUCGCACUGGAAGAUGACAAGGAUGGCGUAAAGGCUGCGAUAAAUAAGUUUAAUAAUAGUAAUUUUGGUAGUUCGACAUUCUCCACGAUAAACGGUCUGAAGGAUGAGAUAUUCUUUAAAAAAGAAGAAAUCAAAGAGAAGCUACCGGAGGUCAAUAAAAUAGAGCCGCCUGAUGAAAUUUUAGCAUCGCCUCCACCUCCACCUGUUCCGUCGUCAUCAUCGACAACAGCAGCGGCAUUAUCUAUAGCACAACCACCCGCCCAUCAACAAAUUCAAAUAAUGCAGCAGCAAGGACUGCUGCCGACAUCUGAAUUUACUGGAAACACAUCUUUAGGUCAUUCAUCAGGUCAGAGGACUGCUUUAAGAGUUGUUCAACACCAUCAACAACAACAACAACAGCAGCAACAACAUCUCCUGCAACAAAAUUUGCAGCUUCAACAAAAGAAUCUAGUAACGCCGGCUGUUACACAGGGUGCCAUGGUCUCUCGUCCCCAUGUUCUUACAUCAAUGGCGGCUACAACCAAUCAUACCACCAUAUUUGCAACUCAACAAGACUCCAAUGCAAACGGUGGCGGUAGCGGUAGUAAUAUGCCACAGAAAAUCUAUCUUAAACAAAGCAACUGCAAUGUUGGUGGUGUUGUCAACACCAAUCAAGUUCCUAAUAAUGUUAAUCAACAACAGAAUGCAGUCAUAUUGGCCAAUGUGAAACUGGACAAUGAAAUAACAUGUGAUAAUCUGGGGAAUACUAUUAUUUCAAGUAAUGGCCCAAAUCAUAGUGGUGGUAGUGGUUUGGUCGAUGCAGGCGGAGGAGGGAGUUCGAGUGGCAAUGGAAAUAUGAUAAUGACCGAUAAUAUGAUGAGUCAUCAGACACCGAUGAUUGUGACGACUUCAAAACCACAACAGCAGCAACAACAACAGCAGCAACAACAACAAACACAGCAAAUAGUUUGGCGACACGUUGGCCAAGGUGGAUCUGGUAUUUUAUCAACUGAUGCAACUGCAAAUAAAAUUGUUUGGACAAGUCGACCAGCCGGACAAAAGAAACAAUUGAAUGGGCCAGAGGUGCUGGAUAAACUUUUACUGAGUCGCAAACUUUCACAGCGGAAGGUUCAAAUCGCUCAUCAACAACAACAACAGCAGCAGCAACAACAAUCCCAACAACAACAGUAUCAAGUUAUCAAAACUGAAGACGACACAAACUCUACAACAAUGGUUGAUGUCAACAAUCAAACAACACAAAAAACUCUUCCAACUGGAAAAGUAAUCAAAAUGUCUUCAUAUCCAGUUGUGGUCUCAGAAUUAAGUGUUCAACAGCAACAGAACUCUGCUGCAGUUGCAGCAAACCACAAUUACAGUUUGCAACCCUCAUCACAGCCUAUCACCAUGAUUAGCCAGCAUUCUAAUACCGGUGGAGUGGCUGGACCGAGUGCCAACAAACUGAUACUCAGUACAUCGGGUCCAUCGGGUAAUGUCACAAGUACUAGCAAUUUCACAAUUGCCACAUCGUCUGGUGGAGAUAUGCAAAAUAAAAUCCACUACAAAGAGAUUUCCAAUACGAAUCUCAAGUUGAAUUUUGUAUCAACUAGUUCAAUACAACAGGGUAAUAUUGUUGUCGACUCGAAGAAUACAAUAAGCGCGCAGCAAUUAAACAAUCAGCAGUUAAAAACAGCCCAACAACAACAACAGCAGCAACAACAGCAGCAACAACAACAGCAAAUACAACUGCAAAAAAUGAAACGCGAUCGAAUAGUAAACAUCAUUGGAGGCGAGACUCCCGACAACAAACGAGUCUUCUACACCAGCUUAUUGAAUCUAAAAUCCCUUCAGAAAAACAACUCUGGGCAAAUGCAAAUGCAGAUCUCACCCGGUAUGACUACAGUUCUGGGCAAACAACAACUACAGCGCAUUGCCAACAAUCCAGCUUUGUUUGCCAACAUGCGCGUUCCAAUAUCCAAUCAAGUUGUAAAUACCCAAACUGGGGCCUCUGUGUCGGUGGCUGGCACCACAACAGCAAUGUACACAACAUCUGCUUCGCCAAAGACCUCCUCCAAUGAGAUAUCAGUGAAAAUCAACAACAAUUCCAACGACAUGGCAACAACUUCGUCCAACAUGAAUGCAGGCUCAUCAGCGACAGGAAGCAACACAACCAACAACAACAAUAACAACAACAACAAUAACUCACUCUCGGCAGGCAUCAAUCUAAAUACAACCAAUAGGUGAGAAAAGGGGAGAUAACUAACGACUAUUCACUGCGUAUGCCCUGCGCUAGCUGCGGGUAUAUCUGCUAAACAACUCCAUAGAGGUUUAAAGCACUUGCUUCUUCUUAUCGCUGUCGAUGUUUUGUGCGCUAUUUAAAAAAAACAACAAAAAAUUUGUAAAAAAAAAACUGUUUGCCGGUUCUUGAUUUCAAAUGCUUUUCUCUUGCUUCAGUUUUUUCCAUUCAAACUGUGUAAAGUAUAAUAACAACAUUCUCGAGAAAUGUCAUAGGUCAUCAGUUUAAUAAAAUAUGCUGUCGCAUAUUUUAUAAUAAUUAUAGCAGCUCACUACCAACUUUAACAACAACCAGCAUCCGCAGCAAAUAUCCAUCCAUAAUUUCAGUUAGAAUUUCACACACUCAAAAAUACACGAAAAAAAUAUAUAAAAUACCGCCAGCAUUUCCAUUAAAAAAAUAUAUAUAAGGAAAUACCUGAAUAUAAUACGAAAACUUAAUUCGUUUUUAUUCAUUUAUUUUCUCUAAGACUGUCGUUGAUUAGAUUCAAAAUAAACAAAAAAAAAAAAUUAUAUAAAAAAACAAAAAAUCGAAAAAAAAUAACACAAACAAAAAAAAAAAAUAAAAUGUUCUUAUUUUAUUAUUUUGAAAGGAUUUUUUUUACAUAAACUAAACAAAAAUGUCAUAUAUACGUUCUUAGUUUUUAUGUUAGUAUUAAUUUAAUUUAAAAAACAAAAAAAAAAAUAAUUAAAAUUUAAAAUUAAACAAAAAAUAAAAAUAAAAAAAACUUAUUAAGAUCUUAUUUUCAAGAUCGACUUUUGUAAAUAGUAACCUAUAAUAUAAAUACAUAUAAAUAUAUAUAUAUAUAUUAAUAAUGAUAUACAUACAUAAAAAAAAGGAAGAAGAGAAAAAAAAAAACAAAAAAAUAAAUGAAUCAUAAUUAUGAAAGUAAUCAAAAUUUCAAUGUAUUAAUAAAUGAGAAGUACAUGCAAAUUGUUAUUUAAAAAAAAAAAACAAAGAAAAAUCUUAUUCGACAACUAAAAACAAGAAAAUUUUUAGAAGAAGACACAGUAACAGAGAAAGAGCUAAAAGAAAAAAAAGAGGGGGAAUAUACAUAAAAAUACACAUAAAAUAGAAAUAUUUAAAACCCGUUGUUCAGGAGUUUACAUUAACAUACUUCAUUAAAAAAAAAAAUAAUGCAUUUUUCAAAUAAAUGUUCUUCACCAAUUUUUAAAAAAAUAUCUACUCUUGCUCUACUUAUGUAUAAAAAUAAUAAAAAAAAAAACUUAAAUUUGAUCAAACGUAUUGCGCGGGGUAUUGAUAUUUAAAAAAAAAAAUUGGAAUGAGAAGAAGAUAUAGAGGAGAAGAUUUUUUAAAUCUCGUGUCGUUCAAAAGCUUUAUUGUAUAAAAAAUUAUAAAAUUAAAAAAAAAAAAACAAAACAAAAAAAGGAUAACAAUCAUAUAAUAUAAACUUAAUUGAACAUUCCUAGUGGAUUUGUAUUAAAAUUUUUUUCUUGUAUGUAAGAUAAAGGAUGAAGUAGAAAGAAAGUAGGAGGAGGGAGGGUGUUCUGUGAAAAAAAAAAUAUCUGUUCUGUCUUCUGUAUUGAAAAACUUUUUGUUAGGGUCUGGAAGAAAUUCGAUAAGGAAAUCAUUAAUUUAUUAUAUUACUUUGUUCAAAGAAAAGGGGCGUUUUAUGAAUUUUAUUUGUUGUUGUUUUUAUUUAUUUAUUUUUUUAAUUAUUGGAGCUAACUCUUUCUCUAGUGCAAAUGCAUUAUAUUGUUUCGGUUUUUUUUUGUGAUUAUUUUGUAAAAAAAAGGUUGGUAGAAGGGAAUAACAUGUGUGUAGGAGUUAAAAUAACAUUUUUAAAUUGCAAUUGAAGUUCAAAUUCAAAAUGAUUAGAAUAGAAAGUAGUCAAAGUGUAGAGAGCGAGAGUAAUGAAUUAUCAAUUAUCAAGUAUAUCUUUAGGCUGUUGUCCCCAAUAUAUUUGUUUGUAAUAUUAAAAUUUCAUAUAGCAUAAUUAUGCUAGCUCAAACUUAAAGAUUUCGCUCAAAAUUUUAUACGGUAUUGACUCUUUAUUGAAUCAACUGCAAUCAAGCAACAAACAAGUUGAUUAUCAGAAUUUAGAUUCUUUGUUAAUAUUUUAAAGCACUUAUUAGAAGGUUUUUUUUUUUUAUUUUUAAUUAGAUUUUGAAUCAAGUAUACUAAAUGUCAGCUUUAAGAUAAAAGAAUUUCGUAAAAACCAUGGGGCACAUGAAAGAUGAAAUUAUCGCAAUUAUAAAUGUCUCCGAAUCUUCGUUGUGAGAAUUUUCUAGUUUUUUUUUGCUUGUUCAAUUACACAGAUGCCACGAAAAGGUUCUUUCAGAAAGUGCCAGCAGACUUGGUAUAUUAUUCAUCAUGGCGAGGUCUUUGCAAGUUGCUUUCAACAAUUUAAUAGAGCUUAUUAAUAUCUGGAGUUUUCGAGUAAAAUAAUUGCAUAACCCCAGAUAUCGUUUGGUGAAAAUUGUCCUUAUUUCUCUGUACAGAUAGAGACUUAAAAGUUUCGCUCUGAACUUUUGGUCACUUUUAGGGAAAUUUGGCUGUCAACAAAAAAAAAACUGAAGAAUCCCAGUCAGGCCCAAUAAAAAAUAAAAAUCAGGCUAUUAACCGGAAAGUCAAGGACUCACUUGAAUUGAUGCCUGUUAGCGUAGAGCAAAGAAACCGCUUGAGUCAAAGCUUUGCUUAGAUAUGAACUUGUGCUUUCGGUGUCAACUUCAAUGAUAGGGCUAGUUGUAGGAUUUCUCAAAGCAAAUACUUCGGGUUUUAGCCUCAAAUGGUGAUUUUUAUGUGUAUUGAAGAAAAUUCAAAACGAUAUUGGAUUUUCUUCAUUAAUAUAAACAGGGAUUGGAAGUUUCGACCUGAUUGAAGUACAGGCGAGAUCAAGUGCAUGUAAAAUAAGCAUGAUGAUUGCAUUACUGAUUGUUGUUUACAUUUUUGCAAAUAAAGAGAAAGAAUGUAAAAAUAGAAGCAGAUAAGUCUGAAAAAGGUCUAUUUCGUCACAAGUAAGUAACUUUGUCGGAGGAAAAAUUAAAUCAUCGAUGAUUUUCGUGAGUGUUUUUCAAAAAAAAUAAAAAGCAAAUCGAUUUGUUUCAGUUGUAAGCUGUGUCUUAAAGAUUGGUUGUUUGAUAAUAAUAUUUUAUGAAAAGAUUAUGGUUGAAACUACUUCGUUAUCGUUCAAAUGCGAUUAUGCAUAACGAUGAUCGUUUUAUUUCAACAAUAACCAUUAAUCUUUACGAAUGUCAUUUGUCUAUCGUUUGACUUUCGUUUAGGUGUCAUAAUAUUUUAUUGCCGGUAGAAAAAAUGUUUGGUUUGGCCAAACGACUUGCUCGUUUUACACAAUCGCUCUUUGUCCAGGCUAUCGCUUACUUGCCGUUCGUUUCGUAUUAUUUAAUAGACCUCCAGAAGCAACGUGAAGAUGAGAGUUUUCUUCAGAACAUCCUUGGUUCUUGAUGAAAGGGUCUUAGGUCCACAUUAUGAAUAGCGAGCGAAUCGUACUUUCGACAAAUUGCGAUGGUUUAAAUAAGCGAAUAUUUGCUAUCGUAAAAGUUGAUUUAUUCAUGCGAGUCAUGUUUUCAUACGUUUCGUUAAGUCCUACGAGAUGAAACCAAAGUCUCAUUUCCCAUAAUCAAAAAUUCCCCAUGGCCAAAUACAGUCAAAUCCCUCUAAAUCUAACUACAUUUCAAUAAAUUCGUUUUAUAAGGAGUAUUUAUUAAUUCCUUUUAUUUUAUGGUGGAAAAUGUAACACAGCGUCCCAACGUUAAAAAAAUGUGAGAAUGUCGUAUCGGACUUUAAGUCAUUUUAAUAUCGAUAACUAUACAUAUAGGGGCCAGGCAGGUGGAAGGAAUGAGAUAAGCUAUGGUAAUACAUAGUUGAAUUGGUGAUCAAAGUCUUUAAUAUGUAAUAAUUGAAUUGAGAGUAGUUAAGCGAUCGCUGAACCUAGAGUUAAUGUUUAAAAAUCAACUUUCAUCUUAGUCGAUUUCAGUGAAGGGGACUGAAUGAAUUCCGAAAGAUCUUUUUGAUAACUGCUAAAAAAUUAAUUGUGGAUUUUUUCUAUUGUUUGUCUAAUUUCAAUAGAAUAAGUGGUCAAUAAAAGAAACCUUUGAGCAAAAAAGCUGCUGUUUCUUUUUAUUUUGUUCUAAACGUCUCGGAAUCUAUAGGUCAAUCGAAUAUUGAUCAUUUUAAAUUUGAAAUCAAAUAUUUUAAAAUCUUCCAUUAAUCCCGCUUGUCUCUAAAAUUGUAUAAAGGAUUUCAUAUUUGGGAGGUGCGUGCAGUCAAAAUGGAUUUCCUUUGAACAAAAUAUUUAUAAAUUCCAACACUUUGCCUACAAAACUUUUCAAAACAAUUAAUAAAUUUAUUAAAAUACUAACGUGAAAAACGGGUAAUAACGCUGAAGGUUUUAUUUAACUUAAACACCAUUUGUGUGUCCCAUUUGAAUGAACUGCAAAAGUUUAGAAAUAAUCUAAGUUGGUAGGAAUACCUUCGAAACAGCCUCCAUUUUAAAGAAAUAAUCAGCAAAAUUUGAACACAAUAAUAUCUAUUACUUAAUUUUUCGAAUAAAAUAAGUUUAAUCCAAGUAAUUUAAUACCUUAAAAAAUAAAUAACAUCAAUUCGACAAGGUUAUAAGAAUGAGAGAAUUUCUUAAAAAAAGAAUUGUUUUUGUGUAAUAUGAAUUGUAGAUAGAACUAAUAAUAAUAAUGAAUAAUGCCACUUUCUUAUUUAUGAAUAAAUAAAGUAAAAGAUACAUACCUACCUUUUUUAUUAUAAUGAUGACAUCCUUAUAAAAAUAAUAAAUAAUUAAAUGUACUUUUUUUAUCAGGCUCAUAAAUAAAAUUCAAGAAUGAAAAAAAGUAACUAAACAUGUGAUUCUUAUAAACAAAAUAUUAAUUUUAAACAAAAAAAAAAAAAUAAACAUUUCUUAUCAGGACAAUAGAAAACAUUUUCAUUUAAAAUUAUUUGUUAAUAAUUAUAUUAUUCGAAAAUAGUAAAAACUUUUUCUUUUUAAACUUGUUUUCUAGUUUUAAAAAAAGCAAAAAAUAAUAAUUUGUUUCUUAUCGCACCUCGAAAGUUGGUAAGGAGAGAAACGAUAUGCAUUAAAAAAUCUCCUUAAUUUUGAAUUUAAAAAUAAAAAAAAAAAAAUUAAAAUUUUUAAAAACUGCAGCUUUUUCAGAGUCAAGACUGUCGUAUACCAACAGAGAGCGAAAUUUAAAUAAAAUAUAAAUAAAAUUUUAAAUAAAUUAAAAAAAA